AUGAUUAAAUAUCAGCUAAGGAGGGGCACAUCCAGAUGUGGUUCUACAUAUAGGAAGCUCCGAACGCACCGCACAUCGACUUUCCUCGACUUGGCUGCUAAAUCAGUCUCCGGUGCUCAUUAUCACUCUCAUCUUGCACGCUCCCAAGAUCAUGGUCUGAUUCUAUCGCCAGUCGAACGUGACACCAUCUUCGCUCUAUCAACUCCUCCCGGAAAAGGUGCUGUUGCAGUCAUACGCAUUUCUGGAUCUCGAAGCUCCGAGUUGUAUUUCAAGUUACUCCGGCCGACCACUGCAGCUGCACACAAACCUAGCAUACAGCCAUGGAAGUUCAAGCGAUACCACCUCGUCGACCCAGGGACCGAGGAAAUUCUUGACGAUGUGCUUGCUGUAUUUUUCCGUAGUCCGCGCAGCUUUACUACCGAGGACUCGCUAGAAUUACAUAUGCACUCGAGCCGUGCGGUUAUCUCCGCAGCGCUCCGUGUCCUGGCUGCACAGCCUGGUUGUCGUCUGGCGGAGCCCGGUGAAUUCACUCGUCGAGCACUACUGGCAGGGCGAAUUGACCUCACCCAGGCCGAAGGGCUUGCAGAUCUCAUUAAUGCCGAAACGGAAGCACAACGUAAAGGUGCAAUCCGAGUCGCAGAGGGUAACUCUCGCCGUCGAUUUGAAUCUAUCCGUAAUGAGAUUAUCAGAUGUCGCACACUAGCGGAGGCCAUAAUCGACUUUGGAGAAGGAGAAGAAAUCGAGGACGGCGUGUGGGCGCAACUUAUCGAACAAACAACCAGUCUCGUGACAUUGAUUCGUUCACACCUGGACGACAACCGACGUGGUGAAAUCCUACGUUCAGGAGUUAAGCUGGCGAUAUUUGGAGCCCCGAAUGCGGGUAAAAGCAGCCUGUUGAACUACUUGGCCGCUCGGCCUGCUGCUAUUGUAACACCAAUCGCCGGCACUACUCGAGACGUCUUGGAGGUUUCGCUUGAUAUCGGUGGAAUACCUGUUCGAGUAUCAGAUACAGCAGGUUUGCGGCACCUUCUCAACAGAAACGACGAUUCCAAUAUUGUGGAGCAAAUAGGAAUCGAGCGGGCCAAGCAAGCUGUGGAGGAAGCCGAUAUUCGUCUAUGUGUUGUAUCACUUGAAGAACUCUCGUCCGCCGGGAUCGACGGCGAGGUGUCUGCUCUGCUCACACCUGAUGCCAUAAUAUUGUUCAACAAACUUGACAGAGCCGGACCGGAGGAUCUGGGGAGGUGCCGUCUAAUCUUUCCUAAUCACCGUGUGUGGAUUGGGAGCGUCACCAAAGACACCGGAAUGGUGUCAUUUAUCGAAGGAAUAGCCGGUCUAUUAAAAGAAAAAUUCGAGAACGACAACUCGAACGAGGAGCCCCUCAUUACUCACGCCCGUCAUCGCACUCACUUGGAAGCUGCAGUGAAGUAUCUCGAGGCGUCACUCGCUUAUGGCCCAGACGGUUUGGUGUUUGCAGCUGAGGAGCUACGUUAUGCGAGCCAGGAGCUUGGCAAGGUCACCGGAGACAUAGGAAUUGAAGACAUCCUCGAUGUAUUGUUCAGCAAAUUCUGCAUUGGGAAAUAA